AAUUACUCACUUUACCCAAAUAUUGCUUUCUCUCUCUCCUUAUUGCUUCAAAACUUUAUAGACAUUGAACUCUACCUCAUUCGAAAAUAUCAAAGAUUGAAGAAGACCUAGAUUCUUGAGUAUCCCACGCUUCAUAACGUCAGAUUAUGACAGCGGAUUCGUAGACAGAGAUUAUUAGGAGCGUACGUUGUCUAAGAGCGCGUGACAAGGUUAUUGAUUGCGUUGGAAUCGUGGAGUGAGAAUCACAUGGAAACAUAGCUUUUAUUAGAGUCGUAUUUCAGUUUAAAUUUUAUUUUAAAUUGUUUAAAUUUUUAUAUGGACAUAGAUUGCGUUUUAGUCUUCUCUUAUGUUGUAAGACACUUUGUUGGAUUUAAAGUUAUUAAGUUAUUUCUUAGUCGUUAAGCCUUACAUUUAUUUUAUUAGAAAUAGAUGUGGCGGUAACACUCCCAUUAGUAGAUUUUGGCUCAUGUUUUUCAUUAAAGGUGUUUUCAAAAGUUCGACCUAUUCUAAGGGUGUUAUAGAUAUUGUUAGGAAACAAUUUUGAAUUAUCAUUAGUAGGGAAUUUGCUGACAGGAUUAAGUAUGCUGCACAUAGGAGGUUACAUGGAUCCAUGAAACAACAUUAUCUUAAGCUCAUGAGCUAUGUUGUUGUUUUAAAACAAAGUAACCCAAAUAGCCACUUCAGUAUUGUUACUGGUCCAAGCACAAAUCCACCCACAUUUCAGAGGAUCUUUGUUUGCUUUGAAGGGGUUAAAGAUGGUUGGGUUGGUGGGUGUAAGAAAAUCUUGUUCAUUGAUGGUUGUUUUCUAAAAACAUUCUUGGGAGGAAUGUUAUUAAGUGCAGUUGGUAGAGACCCUAAUGAGUAAAUGUAUCCAUUGGCUUGGGCUGAUAUUGAAAAACAAUGAAUCAUGGCAAUGAUUUAUUUUUGAAUUGAAGAAAUGUGUUCCUCAUGAUCAUGGAAAAAAAUGGAUAGUAAUAUCAAAUGAACACCAGGUAAACACCCCUCCCUACUGUUAUAUUGAUUUUACUAAGUGUGUAUUGUUGUUACUGAUAUUAUGGUAGUAUUUAAAGAAACUUAGCUACUGAUAUUAUGGUAGUAUGCACUUUAACAUAGACUCAGAAACUUAGCUACUAAUUUGUUUUAAGUACAAGCACAUUAACAUUAACGUAUAGUACAAGCACAUUAAUACAAACAUCUAAUGUUGAUCCUGAUUUUAACCUAUUGUUUUGGACUAAGUACAAGUGUCUAUUGUUAUUUUCAAUAAAAUACAACCUACUGUUAUUUACUAAGUACAAGCACCUACUGUUAUUUACUUAGUACAACACCUACUGUUAUUUACUAAGUACAAGCACAUUAACAUAUAGACCUUGAAAUACAAAUACCUACUACUACUAUUAUUUACUAAGUACAAGCACAUUAACAUGUAGUACAAGCACAGUAAUACAACCUACUAUUAUUAUACAACUAAUGUUAUUUAUGCACAUUUAAUACACUUAUCUGUUGUACAGAACAUUUUGAUGCAGUCCAACUUGAGCUUCCAAAAGCAGAACAUAAGCAUUGUGCUAGGCACAUCUACGCAAAUUGGAACAAGUCAUUCAAAGGGGAAGAGAUGAAAUUACUGUUUUGGAGAUGUGCCAAAGCAUACAACUUGGUUGAUUUUGAGGAAGCAAUUAAUGAGAUGGAGAAUGUAAAUCCGGUUGCUGUUGGCGCCUUCAAGAAAUGUGGUCCACAAUUGUUUUAUAGGUCUUUUGUCAAACUAGAAGGAAAGUGUGAUGUUAUUUUGAGCAAUAUGGUCGAAAUGUUCAACAACUACAUUAUGAAUGCAAGAUCACAUCACUUAAUAGAUAUGCUUGAGGAAAUUAGAUCAAUACUAAUGAAGAGGAGGGCUAGUAAAAAGGAAGAGUCAUUGAUGAAGUGGAAGGGUUUGUUAUGUCCAAAGGUACAAAAAAUGUUAGAUUCAGAGAAGCAAGAAGUAGCUAAGUGCACUGUCAUUCCUUCAACAUCAACUCGUUUCUAGGUACUGCUUUACAUGGAUGUUUUAGAGGUCGAUAUUGAAAAUAGAACUUGCACUUGCAGGAAAUGGGUUUUAAGGGGGAUUCCAUGUUGUUAUGGAGUUGCAUCUAUUUUUCACUUGCAUAAGGAGGUUGCGUCUUACUUUGAUCAGUGCUACACUAAAGAGGCUUACUUGAGAGCCUAUAAAGGAAAUAUUAAUACUUGUAUUGGCGAGAGGGAUUGGCCUAAAAUUGACAAAUCGAUCGAUCCUCCUCCAAUCAAGAUUGGUCUUGGUAAAACACGGAAAAAUAGAGUUAAGGGUUCGCAUGAAGAUCCUAAAAAACCAGGAAAGCUCUCGAGACAUGACCUUCAAAUGACAUGUGGCAUUUGCAAUAAGGUAGGGCAUAACAAAAGGAAGUGUCCGAAAAAGGGUAAAGCAAUUAAGCAAACACCUCCAUUGAAGAGAAGUAGAGGAAGAACAAAACAUAUUGUUGAUGUAGCAACCAACACACCAGAGUUAUCCCAUCAUAACAUGUCUACACAACCUAGUUCUUUAGGUAAAGGCAAUAGGACAAUUAGAACAUGGGAAGGGAGUAAAGGGGGUAAGACUAGUAGUGCAAGCGAAAGGAGUGGUGUCACUACUACUAAAAGAGGAAAGCCAAAGAAGAACCCUCCUAAAAUAGUAUCAACCCAAGCAUUGACAAUGAAGAAUUGAUGUUGCAAGACUUAGUGUCAUUUUGCUGCUCUUUUGUAUAUGUUAAGUUACCAUUAUGGUGUAAUCUAUGGCUUAGAACAUUGUUGAAAUAUUUUGCAUU